AUGGAGCUCUCAGAGGAGUUUGCGAAAUGGUCAUCAUCCCAUGUUGCGAUCACCACGAUAUUUGCUAUGACACAUGCGGCAACACUCAAGCUCAGUGCUUUUAAAUUGUGUCUUAAUUCAGCAUGUGGUUCACUAAGAGGCAAUGGAUUUCAAUGGUGGAUCGAGUUCCGCCAGGCUGCUUGCAAACUCGAUGGUAGUACUCUAUAUGCAAUCGUUAACUUUGCUGGUUCAAGUGCAUUCAAGGAAGCACAAAUGGCACACGGUUGCAAUUAA